GCGGAGCAAGUCGGUCGAUGGGGGCCGCCGCUCGUAAAAAUUGAGCGAUCUCUCUUUCCAUCUUCCAGUCGUACACGCGCCAUCCGACCUUCUGUUCGAUUAAUCACGUCAAGAUCGCUGAUCGAUUACAAUAUAAUAGAUAGAUCGAGAGUGUAAGAGAGAGAAAGAAAGAGAGAGAAAGAGAGAGAGAGAGAACGAGAGAGAGGGGGUGGGUGGAGGAGUAGUAGGAGGGUUUCUCGUGGAUGAUGAAAAUCGGCAUGGAUCGGCAUAGACACGUAGAUCCGCGAUCUGUCGAGCUGUAUUCCGCGACGGGAGGGUGCCGCUGACCCAGGGUGGGCCCCGACGGGAGAUCGUGAGGCCUCUGUAUCGUAUCACGCGGUCGAGCCGUAAAUAAUGGGGUAACCCGCACGCGAUACAACACACGACCUUAGUGCGGCGUUACGAUUAAGCGUGUGCAUUGACAAACUGCUCGUGGAAGGAAAGCGGAAGGGAUAAAAGGAUCUCGGCCAGUUUUUAAUCAAGUCGUUCUCUCUCGCGAUAAAACAGUGCUCGCUCUUCGUCUUGCAAAGUGCUGUUGGCUCCAUUGCGCUUCCGCGCGGAGACGACUGCUUAUCCUCGUGAUACAUCGUGAGGAGAGCCGCGGAUGUAUGUAUUAUUGAUCAAAGCGCAGUGAGAGAGAGAGAGAGAGAGAGAGAGAGAGAGAGAGAGGAGAGAGAGACGCGCUAACUAUGGAUCUCGCGAUGCUGGUGAAGUUUCAGUGUGGAUUAUGUAAAAGUUGGAAAUGAGAUGCGCACGCAAGAGGCGCGACGUCAACGACGACGGCGAGAUGAAUUUUUGACGGCGGGUUUACCGUAAGUUUUUUGAGCCGCGAUGAAAAAUUAAGGUGAUCCUCCACCGACGCACGGUACAAGAAGAACCUAGACAUUGUCUCAUAAUGUACUAUGAUCGAUGAGAAUGGAAGACUGUGAUCUGAAUUUUCUAGGACACAUCUAUUAAAGUUUGACGUGCUCGCCGCAGGAUAAGAAAUAGUGGCUCGUCGUGUGCUCCCGAUAUUACGUAAUUCGAUAACGUAAUAAGGCUUCGAUACAUCUAUAAUGAACUCAUCGAUUGAUACGAUAACGAGCAUACACUUUACAGGGGUCUACGAAGAAUUGGAGCGCAUUUCUCCGCGGAGCAAGGCAAGGCAUUGCCGUGCGAGAAAACAGCGUCAUACUCGAGCGACUUCUUUCUCAAAAUCCCCCCGUUUAUUCCGACACUCUUGACAAUUACGUGACAGCUCUAUAUUCCGAAGUGCGAUCGAAUGCAUCUCCAGGGUUCCGCGACGCAGCUAGGAAACGCCAAAUUGACACGUCGAGUUUCGUCCGUCUGGCAUUUUCUUUCCGAGUACGUACAAUAUAUACGACGCGGCGCGAAAUUGAAAACCGAUCCGAGACUCGCGACGUGCUCGCGUCUCCCCAGCGUUUUCCGCCGAUAACACGAACCGCGACCGUACGCGCUGACAAGGCGCGUAUAAAAUCGACGAUAGCGAACUGGACAGCCGCCAGUCUUGCGAGAGCCGUGCGCGAGAGCGGACGUCGCUCGUUUCACGCCGAUGCGGUGCCACGUGAGGGAAAAGCCAGGAGGAAAACGCACGCCGCUCUGAAGUAACAACAUUUUCUUCCCGUUUCUUCCCUCGCGUUGUGGACUCUCGCCAUCGCGUCGAGCGACGGAAAUGGUGUGAAUCGCGCCGGAAGUGUGGCGGUACAUCGUGAGAGAGAGAGAGAUCGACGUGUGAAGGUGUGAGGUGUGCUUAACAAUCGCGACGUUCCCGUGGGAUUUUAUUGGUUCAUUCAUAAUCGAGACGUGUUAGAUGACUCGCGCGCUUUUUCUCUCUCAAUUUUUCUCUUUUUAUCUCAUCGAAACGAAUGUGACGAAAAUUGGAAAAUGGCCUCGACUGAGAACAUGAGUCGGAAGUUUCAUCGAGUGUGAACGUACGACGACGUUACCACGGAAGAAAAUCGAUUUGAUUUACGGAGCGAGAAUGAAUCAGGGACUUCAUUGAUGUCGCGGAGGGACGCGACACGACGUAAUAAGACGGUCGCAAAGAUCCGACCUGAAACGAAAUAACGCACCUGUUCCGGUUUUUCAUCGAGUGCAAGGAUAUUUAUCGAAGCUGCGGUAACGAAAUUUAAUGCCUGCAUCGAGCAAACUGUGCGGUAUUCGUACAUAUCGCGCAUCGCGCCAUUACAUUUAUCGGACUAUUAAUCGAGAUCACAUUCGUAUUGAAUCGUAGGUGUUCCACGGGAUCGAACGUGAGCGUAUUUUCAAGCAGAGCUUGGAAACAGUACAGGAAGAAGGCAAGGGGAGAAAUCCACGUAGGGCAGAAGAUUACUCGAGAAGUCGAGGAUCCCUCCACUGAGACUUCUAGCACCUCGCGCGCAGGGAAUCCCGCGGCUAUUCUCAAAGGUUUACGCCGACAGAUCCUGAAGAUACUUCCGCCAAGGUGUGAACGCAGCUAUUAUGAGAAGAUGCCCGAGGAGGACGAGCGCCUCGAGUAACUCGCAGAUGAAACUUGCGCUACGCCUGAGAGGCGAGACCAAUUCUUCACGAGCAUCCCGGAAGGAUCUCCGCAAUCCCACUUCUACCGCUCCAUAUUCCGCCGAAAGUUUUGCGGCCCGCGGCAACUCCUGAAAAUCUCCCGCACGAAGGCCGCGGAAAUCCUGUUCGCAAAGAACUUGGAGGUCUUAUCCCGCAAAAUAAAAAUUCAUUCCACCGAAAACACAUAAAUCGUAUCGACCGAGAGAUUUUCCUCGGAACUCGCUGAAGGGAAAAAUUUCACAAGUUGUGCCAGAACAAUUUCCGGGAACUCUGCGAACGUGUCCUUGUCGCGAACCACGCGUAUUAUCCGCGCAAAACGCAUAGAAGUGCCAAAAGAAAUAGUACGUUCGUUGUAUUGUUAAUUUCUCCAUCCUGAGAGGAGCGUGCAGCAGAUUAAAAUUCGUGAUUACAAGCUUUUCGGAAACUUACCAUCCUGGAUUGCGCGAUGCACCGGACACAAAGCAAUUUGGAGAAGACGAGUGAGAAAAUCUAGAUGUUUUAAAUAGAGAAGAAGAGACGGCGAGCGAGGGAUUCACGAAAACGAAGAGGAGAAAGAAAGGAGGGAAUUACGAAUAACAGACAGAGGCGAGGAAACGCGCUCCAGGAAUGCCGUGGAUAAAGUGUUUGGGUGGUGGAGGCGGGAAGGCCAGGAGGGGCAAGCCACUCAGCGUCAGUCAACCGAUCCACCUGCUUGUCAAGAGCGACUUUGAACCACAGUGCCACGUGUUCCGCACUAAGCAACUGCGCAAGCCCAGACCAUGUCAUUUGUGCCACCAAGCGGUCAUCAAGCAAGCCUCCUGCUGCAGAGUUUGCAAAUACAUUUGCCAUAAGACAUGCGAGGACAAGGGCGCGCGGUUCCGAGACACGUCGCAGCAAAUCCACAAACAAUGGCAAGCCGAUCCAGCUAGGGCAUUUCCUACGGUGGGCAGUAUCGCUGCAAGUUCACCCUCUCCCGCAUCGGGGGACCUCUCCACGCCAAAUUCCACGCCAAGCCCCAGCCCUAGUCCGACUAAUCAUCAAGUCACGCACAAUGGCGGUUAUGAAACACAGCCGAAAAAUGUCAACAACAUCGCGAGGAGCAAGCAGCCGAUGCAGACGUCAGCGCUGGCGUCAACGCCUGCGAGGACGCCGGGCGUCGGCGCGGAUUCGACGAUGACGGGACCGGGAAAGGGCGGAGGUCGCGUGACGGAGGUGAUGGAGCUCUGUUACGUCACCGAGAGGAUCAUCGCCCUCUGGUACAGGGAGGAUGCGCAGGGUGUCCUCGAACACGCCACGACUCUUCUGCGCGGGAAACACGCCGACAAUUACAUGAUCUUUAAUUUGUCGUCGCCCGGGCGACCCGGCGAACCGAACACGAGGGAGGCUGGAUGGCCGCAGGGUUUAGCACCAAGCUUGGAAAGACUGUGCGCCCUUUGCAAGGAGCUGGACUCCUGGCUCAACGGCGCUUCUAAUCGCGUCGUUGUCCUGCACGCCAGGGGCAGCAAGGAGCGGCUGGGUGUGGCAGUGUCCGCUUACAUGAACUACAGCAGCAUCUGCGGGGGACGCGAUCAGGCGCUGGACAGGUUCGCCAUGAGGAGAUUCCUCGACGACAAGAUUGGAUCGCUGCAGGUUCCGUCGCAUCGAAGAUACAUCGAGUACUUCAGCGGACUACUGUCGGGCUCACUGAGGAUCAGCCAGUCACCAUUGUACCUGACCCACCUGACAGUCCUCGGCGUGCCCCUCUUUGAGCCGACGGGCUGUCGGGCCUUCCUCAAAGUAUACGAAGGACUCACGCCGGUCUACACGUCGGAUCUGUACUCGGUGACGAACGCGCGCGAAUUCACGGUUAAUCUCGGCGGGCUUCGGCUGAGAGGCGACAUCUUGGUCAAGUGUUACCACAGGGUGUACUCCAAGCAGACCCGAGAAGUCAUGUUUUCCCUCCAGUUCCACACUUGCGUAAUUACGGAGAACGUCGUGUCCUUCCCGCGAUCGGAGCUCGACGUCGCCUGCGACGAUCCCCGAUGCCCGCCCGACAGCGUGGUGACACUCUACUUCGCCACCGAUGCGAAACGUCAGGACGGCCCAGUACCGGCACCAACACCCGCUGUGCCACAUGCAUCGGCACAUCACGAUCCCAUCCUACACUGGGACAGCUACACGAAUCUCGAGAUCAGCGACGACGAAGGCCGUGAGACUCCGUUAUCACCGCCACCCCCUUCGAGCUCCUCGGUUCAAACCUCACCUCGUGGCUUAGGUUAUACCUGUGGUCCCAUAGAUGGAUCCUUGUACGCCGUGGUUCAUCAGGGUGCUGCAGGAGGUGCCCGUGGCUCACCAUUGACGGUUUCCAUGGACAGUGGCAUAAGUAGUGCACCACCACAAAGACCCAGUCCGCCAGAACCCGAGCCGGAAAAUCAGACUCACGGGGACCUCGACAAGCUUCUUCAUGAUAUGAUGCUCACCGUUGAGUCUAUGCCAGAUCCUCCGACAGAGGACUACAACCGUGAUCGAAGCGAGAAGAUAUACAUUCAGGAGACGCGCAGCUACAGCAGUCACGGCAGCAGCCAUCCGACAUCCACUUAUUCCACCCUGAAGGACUCGUACAGAAGCUACGGGGGUGGCAAAGAAUCCAGUCCGCCCUACAAUUCGAGUAGCAGUUAUAGCACCCUGAAAAACGAGUAUAGGGAGUCGCCCAAGAGUAUUGAACAUCGAUCAAGGGACGAUUUCGAGUACCGUGUAUCUCCUGACCGGAAGGUGUCCGAGUCUUCCAACGAUUCCUACAGGAAGCACGCGGAUUCCUUCUCGCCGCCGGGCAACAUCGACUUCAUCGACGAGGACAUACCGUAUCACGCCAGGCAGACCAGCCAGCCGUUCUCGUACGGCGCCACCACUGACAUGAUAAAGCAUCAGAAAUUAUCGUCGCCUUCGUUGGUGAGGAAGGCGUCUGUGCGCAACGCGGCGCCUGUCGUCGACUUUGAGGACAUCCUCGGCGAAAAUUCCAGGAGACCCAUCAGCCCCCUCAGCUCCAAUACACCGGACCCACCGCCAGAGUUCGCGAACGGACCCAUAAAGAGCGGCACGGACCACGUGGAUGGGUUGUCGUGGCUGAGACAACAGCAAUUGAAACUCGCUGCUAGGAGAGAUGAAAGGAGCCCUGGCAAGCUUUGGCGACAAGAGACCGGAAACCGUGUCAUCGGCGAGCUCAGAAGCUUGCAGAGAGGAAGAUUGAGACACGACGGCUACGCCAGCGAUUCAGCGGUCCUCGACGACGAUGACGACACGUGGGGUGCGGGUUCCGUUUCUGGACAGCCGCCGUCGAGAGCUGUUCCAUACACCUCCGCACCAGCUAGUCCUCUACUUCCGCAGAGAUCGAGCAGUCGGAAGUACAACGGCAGCAUCGGAAGCGGCGUUCUCGGUAGACCGCGCGCGGAGAGUAUGAACGAACGGCCGUUUGUCUCCAUGAAACGCGCUUACGAAUACCGCAAGUACAGCGAUAGUCAGAGCCCUCCGACAUCCCCCCGCUCAGCCUUAGCGGCCGCGGCACCCUUAGGGUUAGCGGCGAGCAGCCAGCAAUCGAGUUCCAGCAACAACAUCGAGAACCGACAGCAGCAACAGCCGCCGCGGCCGGAGUCGCGCAGCGACAGUUUCGCGCGCGCGGACGCGUUGCUGCGCGAACACCGCCAGCAUCAGCUGCAAUCGGGGCUCGGCAAUGGCAACAACGAUCACUCCGAGAGGAAGCAGGCGGUCUCGACUCCGGAGUACGCGACGCCGAGUCGAAACGCGCGGCCCGAGUCGAGGAGCCGCGUCGCUUAUCAAAGCGUCAGGAGUUACAGUUCGGCCAGCAGCAACGAUCAGACGGACGGCGGAUUGUUGGCGGUGGUCGAUCAGCCUGACCCUCUCGUGAGCCUCAUUCAGUCUCUAGCCGAGAUCACGCCGAUCCGCGCGUCUCCGAGCACGUCUAAGACCGAGAACGAGCAUCCUGUCGGCAGUGACGCGGUCGUGUCCACUCCAAUGCCUGCCAGUGUGCCUAGCAAUGUCAUUAAUCGCUCCCCUAACCAGUCGCCAAAAGCAUGGCAGAAUUGCAUCCAGCCGCACAAUGACUCGGCGUCAUCGUGGACCGAGAGAAGCGUCAGUCCCGGAAGCGCGGUCGUCAGCGGUGCCUCGCGACCGCAGACGCCGGCGUUUCCGGUCCAUCCGCGGACGCCGUACGUCAAUAACGCCUCGCCGACCGUGACGUUCGCCAGCGAUCGCACCUACAUGACGUCCAACAACAGUUACAACGUCAACAACAACAACAACAAUAAUGUCAACAACGAGGCUGGCGGUAACAACAACAACAACGUCGGGAGCUACGGCGCCGAACGAACGAUAUAUAUCGAAGAACGAAGAGAAGCCUCGAAGGAAACGGGGCUUCCACCCAAGAGUCCGACAACACAGCGACGCUUGAGUUUCCCGGCAAGCGGGCCGCUUAAACAAACGCAUAACAAACGAUGGCCGCUCACUAACCAAUCGGCGUCGUUCGACUAUAGCAAGGACCGACCUGUUUCUCCGGUAAGCGAAUCGACGAUGUCGCAGCCGCAGGCUGUUUCGCGCAGUCCUGGAACACCGACCCACACUGAAUUCGCCCAAAGCCCCAAAAGUGCUGCGUCCUACACUUCCAUCAACAGUGGCGGCCAAUCUUCGCCACAGGUGCAAUAUUAUGGCUCCAGACGCUCCAGCGUCCAUUCGAACACGGAGCCCCAAGAGGUAGCUGACGCUAAUGUGAAAUUCGUACGUGAUACCAGUAGAAUCUGGUACAAACCCAACAUAUCGCGGGAGCAAGCAAUCUCAAUGCUGAAAGACGCGACACCCGGCACAUUCGUAGUGCGGGACAGCAAUUCGUUUCCGGGCGCCUUCGGGCUGGCCCUGAAAGUAGCGACGCCACCUCCAGGUGCACCCAGCAGUCCGCGGGACCCGUCGAGCGAACUUGUCAGGCAUUUCCUGAUCGAGCCAACAUCUCGCGGCGUCAGGCUAAAAGGAUGCGCGAACGAGCCGGUAUUCAGCUCUCUAUCGGCGUUGGUUUACCAACACAGCCUGAUGGCCAUGGCUCUGCCUUGCCAACUGCUGCUACCCGAGCCAGAAGCAGCCGCUAGAGCCUUAGAUUCACCUGGUACUAAUAGCACCCAGCAGCUUCUCGCUCAGGGAGCAGCUUGUAACGUUUUGUACCUUUUCACAAUUGACACGGAGUCCUUAACCGGGCCGCAGGCCAUCAAGAAAGCCAUCACGAGCCUAUUCGAGCAGAAACCCCUGCCGAUCGCUACAAUUGUUCAUUUCAAAGUCUCCACACAAGGCAUUACUUUGACCGAUAAUGCCAGAAAGCUAUUCUUCCGCAGACAUUACCCUACAAAUAACAUAAGUUACUGUGGCUUGGAUACUGAGGAACGUACGUGGGAAUUCUCUGGCGAAGACACCGGAAGACCACUUAGCGCCCAUCGCUGCUUUGGUUUCGUAGCGAGAAAACCCGCUCACAAAUCGGACAAUCAGUGCCACGUGUUCGCCGAGCUGGAACCGGAACAACCCGCCACAGCCAUUGUGAAUUUCGUUAACAAGGUCAUGAUGGGGAGUUCCAUUGUCAAGGCCAACAUCGUCUAAGAUACACUAAGAUCCAUCACGCAAAUGCCAAAACUAACGGGCACAAAUACAUUACCGAUAACGAUUCCGCCUUCAAGGUUAACAUCGACACAUAUCCAAAAAGAAAACAGGAGGGAGAAGAAUGCAAUCUACCAGCGAUUGGAGAGCGAUCGAGAGGUCGGAGAUAACGAAAAGAAUGAUCGAUGAAAUCGACUAGCAGGAUCGGUUGUUCCGCCGACACGCGGAGAACACGCGCGGAUCUGACGGCAGUGACUGCAUGAAUUAAUCGUUAUCGUUAACUGACUACACGUAAUAAAUCUUCGUGCAUUUCGUAGCGUUGAAUCAGUAGAACAUUCAUGUUGUAAACAGUAGGGAUGACAUAAUUAUCGGUAACGCCGGGAAAAGAUCGAGGAUCGCUCUCCUCGGAAGAGGAAUGAGAGGAGGAGGAGAAUGAGGGGCGAUGCGUGAAUCGAUUCCAUCCUCGCGUCAAUAUGCAGUCAAGAUGAGAAAGUUGUUGUUAUGAUUAUCGUUACUGUUGCGAUUUAACGUAGCGAAUAGUAAAGUAAUAAAUGGGACUCUAAGAGAGGUAAGAUGGUCGAAUGAUUGCAUCGCCGAUUCGAUACCUGAUUUCAUUUUCAUGAGAACUCUUUUCAACGGUCCAAUCGCGUUCGCUGCGUUUUUCACGUAUGUAACUCGUUGUUUAACAUAACAAAUCUUACAAAUUAGUGUGCUCUUUAACGUACCGUUUAACUAUUGUCUAUUAUCUGCACCUCAAAAGAAAGUCAUAUUUCUUCGGGUUACCUUUGUAAAAUAUAUUCGAACGACACUGAUGUCUUCGCUCCUUUCAAAGAAUUUUUCGCGAAAAAUUCACUGUGUGUUUUGUAAUUUAGCCAUCUUCCCCCGCUUAGGAUACGAUCGGUCGCUCGAUCAGCCGCACGCGAACUUACCGAUAGCUCGUAGUCAUAGUUGAAGAGAAUCAACCGUGCCCUUCGCACGAACUACGAAGGGCAUCGAACAUAUUCGAAACGAGCGUAUCUCGCGCGACACUGAGUGCGACUUUAGUUUCGGAAACCAUCUACGCACCGCGCACGUAUAAACACAAACAUACUUAUACACUGGUACACAUACCGCAUACACGUAACUAUCACGCGGAAGAUAAUUAAGCCGAUGCUCGCGCGUUAACAAGCGAUAUACGUAACUUGACUUUCAGGUUUCCACAGAAUCUUGUUUCCGCGCUUGAAAAGGUCUUUACUUUAAAGAAUUAGUAACGCCAAACGGAUUUAGAAAUCACAAAAUUACGAAAUUCAUAAAAAAUGGAAAUAUCCCGAAUGUUGAUCUUUAAUCCUUUAAGGCUCAGGUUCGAGCUCGUUCAAGUAAAAUUUUUUUCUUUAUAAGGUAGCUUUAAAAGAGGCCCCUAGUAAAGAAUUUUAUGAUCUAAAUGAAAUUGACCGUUGUAAAAUAUUAUCUUUUAAACGCACAUAUAUAUAUAUAUAUAUAUAUAUAUAUAUAUAUAUAUAUAUAUAUAUAUAUAUAUAUAUAUACUUUUAUGUUUAUACGUGUGACCCAGUUACAAAAUUUAAUAAAGUCUGUAACCAUGAUAAUGAACAUAAAAACAUCAACCUUAUUUUAAAAUGAUACUAAUAAAAAAUAGAAAAAAUAAAACGUUUUAUUAAACUCUUUACUUAAAUUUUUUUAAAAACUCUUCGUUAAAAUUUUACAAAAUUUCAAGUAUCGACGGUUCUGCUUUCUGUUCAUGAUUGUUAUAUUGAUUUCUUCAGCGAAAAAAUCACUGUUUCAUGAGUUGGGACGAAGAAUACAGCUCUAUCUAGGAUAGAUUGACAGAAUUAUUAUUUUGCCGAUAUAAAAAAUUUUGAGAGAGAACUUAAUGUGAAUGUACAUAAUUGUGUACACAGGACCUUAAAGGAUUAACUCUGAACGAAGUUCAAUUGACAAGUAGAUCGUUAGAUAACGCGCGAGCAUCUUAGAUCCAUAUAUUAUCAUGUUAUACUUGAGACUCUCGAGUAAUGUUUGACAGAGAAUAUUACAUUGUUUGCAGAGCGUAUUAUGUAUACACACGUACAUCUCAACACACACAUACAUGCACGCACACACACAAACACACGCAUACGUAGACACACGCAUACAGACACAUUAGAUAUUCCCGUGUCAUGCCCCCUCGAUGUACGAAAGGACGACGUUAUAAAUAACUGUAUAUAUGCCGUGUCGCGGGAUAAGUCGCCUUAAAGGGAGGCCUUGAGGAGAUACUUUGAGGAAGACCGUCGUGGACUGCUUGCGCAGUCCGCGACUCACGGAAUAAGCAAUGCUACGUUAUAGCAUCAGCUCGGAGAGGUUACGCAGGUAUGGGGGUUGAGGGAAAUGCUACUCGAGGAGGAGUAUGCACGUAACGAGCAGCAUCGCGCGUAUUCUUUCGGUGAACCCGUAGAUUCUUGCCAUUUCGGGCUCGUGUGCCGUCGAGACCUCGGGCCGUCUCGAUGAACACGACAAUGAGCAGUCAAUUAUUACGACCGAAUCAAUUACAUUGUAAUUACGACAAUAUGGCAGUGUGAGAAGACCAAUGGUGCUCGGUAGCAGCCGGUCUUUCUCUCAAUACCUACCGUCGACUUCUUCGUCUACUUUCACCUUCUUUUCUACUUUUGUCUCCCGGAUGAAGGUCGGUCGGGACUUUGGCGUUUCCUUCGCUCUGCGAGCUCCUCCAACUGACUGUAAAAGGGAGGAUUCGUUAUUACGCAAUGUGCUAGUCAAAAUUCGUGCUGUAUAUUCGAUGGUCAAGAAAUAGAUCAACAUUGAUCCUGAAAGCUCGUUCUGGACGCACUUGGCCUUUUCAUGAUGGCGAACGCGAGAUACGUUUUAUAGCUCGCAUUAAGUGUAUGAAAUGAACGUGGCGUGUUACCUUGAAAACGGCGGGUUUGAAAGGUGACUUUAAUAGCCGUAGGUGCGAAUCGGACAUCGCUGAAAGGAUUAAGGACCCGCUUGAAAGAUCCGACUGUCUUCCUUUGCGUUCUUCCUUCUCUUCGUCCUCCGUCUGCUCUUUCUUCUCCGUGGAUUUCCUUUCGUACGCGCCCAGAUCCGACUAACAGCGUAAUAUUAAUUUAACAUUCAGUCAUUAUAAUAAUUAUUAUUAAUAUUAUUAUUUGUUUAUGCUAUUUUACUCCCCGUACGUUCACGCAAUAUGUAUCGUUGCGUGCCGCAUGGGUACGCGCGUAUAGUUGUAACAACAAUAAAUCAUAUUCACAGUGAA